AUGCUCCGGCACCCGCGGGAGCUUGCCGCGGCGCUCGCCGCCGUCGUCGUCGUCGUCGCCUGGACGCGCCGGACGGCGGGCGAGGCGGCGCCCGUCGCUGCAACGCCGGCGGAGGACGCCGCCCCGCGCGUCGCGGCGCCGGCGGAGGAGCUCCCGCCCGCGCCGGAGGACGCGGCGUCGGGCCAGGCGCCCCGGAAGAAGAGGCGCCGAGCCAAGCGGUCGUCGUCCGCGGACGAGCUUCCGGCGGAGGCGGCCGCGCCGCCGCCGGCCGCGCCGGCGCCGGCCUCGCCGCCGCCGGCCGAAGCGCCGCCGGCCGCGGCGCCGGCCUUCGCCGCGCCGCCGUCGCCCGAGGGCGGCUGGAUGCACCCCGUGGCCCGGCGCGUCACGCGCAAGCAGGUCCAGUCGCUCAUCGAGCAGGCGCGGCGCGAGCAGGCGACGCUCAUCGAGGAGCAGAAGAAGCAGAUCGCGACGCUCGCGCGCGCGUCGUCCGCCGACGAGUGCGAGCCCGCGGAGGCGCGCGACGUCGCGGCCCUCGAGAAGCUGAAGACGCACAACGACCUGCUCAAGAGCCAGCUCAAACGCGCGGGCGUGACGGCGAUCGACGAGGUCGUGAGCUUCGAGGAGGCCAAGGUGAAGCUGCGCGCGGCGGCGGCGCGGCUGCUGGGCGGCGACGGGUCCCUAGAGGACGAGCGCGAGAUGGAGCGCUGGGACGCGUUCCUGCGCGUGCACCCGGAGAAGGCGGCCGAGGAGGCGCGCGCCGCGGCCGCGUGGCGGCGCGACCACGCCCCGGCGAACGCGGCGGCGCUGCGCGUCGUGCGCGGCUUCGUGCCGCCGGCCAUGACCUCGACGGGCGCGUCGCUCGCGCAGCUCGAGGGCCGGCUGCCCAAGGCCGCGGCGAAGCGCGUCUUCGCCAACCCCGCGCUCUGGCUCACGCGCGCGUCCAAGGGCGCCAUCGCCAAGGUCCACAUCGCGGACCUGCGGAGCCGCUACCACGUCCAGAGCCUGUCGCUCCUGGAGCUGCGGGCGGUCUACGCGGCGCUGCCGGAGGCCUUCGACGACGCAGAAAAGGCGUCCUGGCGCGCGGACCUCGAGCGGAAGCUCGAGCGCAUGGCCAAGGAGACCCUGCCGCCGGCGAAGCGCGCGCCGGCGGUCUACGGCGCCGCGGGCGCCUGGGCCGACGGCUUCGAAAUUGGCGGCGCGGGUCCCGCCGAGGACCUCGACGACGCGCUCCUGCCGUUCGGCGCCGACGACGACGCGCUCCCGGAGCCGCCGGCGAAGGAGGCCGCCGUCGCCGCGCCGCGGCCCGCGCCCCCGCCGCGCGCCGCGCCGCCGCCGCGCCGCCAGAAGCCGGACGUCUUCGCGGCGAUCCGCGCGAAGCGCGGCGACGAGAACAAGGGCAAGGCGUCGCUCCUCGCGGCCAUCGAGCGCAAGUCGGCAUCGGCGGACUUCACGUCGCCGCGCCGCGCCAUGGCCAACCUCCUCCAGAACGCGCUCGCGAAGCGGCGCGUGGACUAG